CACUGUGCGCCGCGACCUCGCACCGGCAACAUGUGCAGUGGCCCCGAAGGAGGCCCCUGGCCACUCGCUAAGGACGCACCAACUGUGGCCGCCGCAGCACUCGACCACUACCGUCUCCAGCUGUACAAUUAUGCUGUGGCCGAACGACUGCGCCUGUAUCCGCCUGCUGUAGCGCCAUGCUAUCCGCCGUACGCGCCGCGACUUGCGCUGUCCAUGCAGCUGCUGCAACAGCGCGUGCUGCAGCCCGAGGAACCAAAACCACAGCAUAGCUACAUCGGCCUCAUUGCGAUGGCAAUCCUCAGCUCGCCCGAGUGUAAACUCGUUCUCUCCGACAUCUACCAGCACAUUCUCGACAAUUACCCGUACUUUCGAUCCCGCGGGCCCGGUUGGCGGAACUCCAUUCGACAUAAUCUGUCGCUCAACGACUGUUUCGUGAAAGCAGGACGAUCGGCGAAUGGCAAAGGGCAUUACUGGGCGAUUCAUCCGGCAAAUAUAGAGGACUUUCGUAAAGGUGACUUCAGAAGACGCAAAGCUCAGAGAAAAGUGAGGAAACACAUGGGUUUAGCGGUGGACGAUGACGGCGAAGAUUCUCCUUCGCCACCUCCUUCAUCACCGCCGCCGACAGCGCUGCCACUGCCUUUCUGGGGAGUGGCCCGGCUGCCUGGCGGGGGACAGGCGCGCAAACGGCAGUUCGAUGUGGCGUCGCUGUUAGCACCUGAUGAUGCGCCAGAGAAACGAGCGCGGAGGGAGAGCAGUUGCGAAGAUGAACCUGAAGAGGACAUCGAUGUGGUGGCGAGUGAUCAAGAGGAACGAAGCGAGGAGGAGGCACGACGUCCUCUAGCGCCGGCGGCGCACUACCCAUUGCUACCAGGCUGGUGGCCGGCACUGGAGCCUGCGCUACUGCAGCAACUGCGCCGUCAUGCGCCUACAGCGCUCCCCAGUCCCACCGACCAGCAACGCCCGCCAGAUACUUAAACUGAAUGUGAAUGUGUGCUCUAAAACUAAAUGAUGAUGUGAAUCGCAGUAUCGUAUGUAGACCUGCCGUGAUAUGUUAAUGUUGCCUGUUGGAUACUCAUCGGAACGACGACAAUUUCGACAUUUCUUCUCCCGCCAGCUUUAUAACAGUUCUGACUAUAAUUUCUAUUCAACUAUACGUAGAUCGUAUAAAUUCUUUUGUGUUUUUCUAUUAUACUGUUGAAGACUUUCCUUCCACGUUGUGGUAGUUCAUGUUCCAUCUACUUACUUAAAAAACUAUUCUCUUUUCGUACUAAGUAUACUUUCGUAAUAACAUUGUUCUAUGAAGUGUAAAUUAUUGUAAAUUUAGUGUACGUAUUUACUCUACUUAAAGCUGUACUUAGAACGGCUAUUGUAGUAAUAUCUGAAUCUAAUGAUUAAAGUCUGAUAUCGACCAAUCGCCUGUAGAUACUCAUAGGUCUAUUUGUAAAUAAAUAAAAUGUGUAUAUUAUAUACACUGUAUACUUACUGUUAUAAUUAGUAACCUGUAAACCUACUGUUGUUUAUUUACUAGAAACCUU